AUGAGGGCCGCCGUCCUCCUCGGAGUUUUGGGCAUCGCCAUCGUUGCCAUUCACAUUGUUGCGAUGGCAACACCCGCCAUGGCUCAAACCUUCGGUGUGUGGUACCCUGUAGACCUCAGCGAGGGGCACGUCCAGUACAUCGGCAGGUGGGCGGUCGCGGAGCACGUGAAGCAGGCCAAGGACGGGCUCAAGUUCGACAAGGUCGUCGGCGGCGAGAUGAUGAUGAGUAUAGGCAUAGACUUCCGCCUCGUCAUCGACGCAUCAUCCACCAGCGACGGCAAGCAUGCCAACUACGAGGCGAGGGUGCACGAGAGGGACUGGAUGGACGGAAUAAGUCUCCUGUCAUUUAAGCCGGCAAAGUGA